UUCGUUGCGCAAGAAGCAUAUGAAUGUGCCCGUGCCGUAUACGCGCAUGCUCUGCUCGUUUUUCCAACAAAAAAAAGCAUCUGGUUUGCUGCAGCGCAUUUUGAACGAAGCCACGGAACUACGUGAGGAAAGCUACGAUAAUUUGUUGAAAAAAGCAGUGGAAAAGUGCCCGAAAGCUGAAACUCUGUGGUUGAUGUACGCGAAGAGUAAGUGGAUGGCUGGUGAUGUGACUGCUUCUCGUGAAAUUCUUGCCAGAGCCUUUCAGCAUAAUCCAAAUUCGGAAGAAAUUUGGAUGGCUGCUGUAAAAUUGGAGUCCGAAAACAACGAAUUUCAAAGAGCUCGUAAACUUUUGGAAAAAGCGCGCGAGAUCGCGCCGUCACCACGGAUAUACCUCAAAUCUGCACGACUGGAAUGGUGCUUGAAGGAUUUGAUUGAAGCCAAAAAGCUGCUGAAAGAAGCGCUGGAUCGAUUUUCGGACACUCCAAAGCUGUACCUUAUGAUGGGUCAAAUAUUGCAACAGGAGAAGAAUUACGCAGAAGCGCGCCGAUAUUUUUCAGAAGGCAUAAAAAAUUGUCCGACGUUUAUCCCGCUGUGGAUUUGGUUAAGUCGCUUGGAAGAAUCACAAAAUCAGAUCAUUAAAGCCCGAUCAAAUCUUGAAAAGGCUCGUUUACGUAAUCCAAAAAAUCCUGAACUUUGGCUUGAAGCUAUUCGAAUAGAGGCGCGAGCGGGUCUGAAAGAGCUAGCACAGGAGAGGCUGGCACGAGCUUUACAAGAAUGCGAACAUUCAGGUCGUCUCUGGUCAGAAGCAAUUUUCAUGGAGGAACGUCAUGGCCGACGUACAAAAUCAGUUGAUGCUUUGAAGAAGUGCGAACAUAAUGCAGAUGUUUUGCUUGCUGUCGCUAAACUGUUUUGGACAGAACGAAAAAUCAAAAAAGCUCGUGAAUGGUUCCAGCGAACAGUCAAAAUUGAUCCCGAUUUUGGAGAUGCUUGGGCAUAUUUCUACAAAUUCGAAUUAUUACAUGGCUCACUGGAGGAGCAGACAUUGGUGAAAAAUCGUUGUUUGCAAGCGGAACCUCGCCACGGCGAACUGUGGCAGCGAGUAUCAAAAGAUGUGGAGAACUGGAGAAAACGAACAGACGAAAUCCUGGCUGAACUAGCGAAUCAGCUUGAAAUCCCUCGAUAGUG